UGGUCUGGAAAUUGGUUGUAUUACUAUAACAAGAUUCAACAGGUAAAUUAUUGGUCACAAAGUGACAAAGCAAAUGAGGAAACCUAUCUUUUAACACCAGGGGAAAUACAGGCUGACAUCAAAGAUGGAUGUUUAACAUUUGAAGAAAAAAUAGGUGUCCUGGAAAAAAAGCAACAUGGCGUCGGAUUCUGAACCUACAAAAAUAGAGUUGGAUGAUAUCAACACAACAAGGUCAACAACAACAACGACAGGACUAAUCAACAAAAGUUACCUACCUGAAAAUGACCUUAACCCAAGUGAAAGCUAUUUCUUGGGUCGCGCUGAUGCUUGCAAUCCACCAUCGUGCGCAGAACAAGACCAGGAUGUGAAGUCAAGAUGUGUCCGAUGUGUACGCAUGACAGAAGUAGUACCUUCCUCCAGCCAGAUAUAUGGAGCAAAUUCCAGUGAAGAAAAUAUCACAAAGGAACCUGACUGGAAGAUGUCUGUUAACCAGUUUUCAUCCAAAAAACAAGGAGACAAAGGGGACAAAGCCUGGACGAAGCGAAUCAGGUCAUACUACAAAGCCCAGGAUGGACUGAUAGAGACAUACGAGAACAUUGAGGAUUUAGAGAGGAAAACAGCAGAGGAAAGAAAUGCUGACCCCGAGGAAAAAAAAUCCUAUGCAGCAUUCUUUGCUAAACUCAGUCUUGCUGCUAAUUUGAUCUUGCUGAUAGCAAAGCUGGCUGCAGCCAUCUUGUCCGGGUCAAUAUCCGUCAUUUCAAGUUUAGUGGAUAGCAUUGUCGAUUUUGCUUCCGGUAUUGUUAUUUGGGCCACAACAAGAGCAGUGAAGAACCGGAACCUAUACGAAUAUCCGCAAGGUAGAACCAAGUUGGAACCUAUAGCUAUUGUAGUGCUAUCAGUUGUCAUGAGUGUGGCGUCCCUACAGCUGAUCCGGGAGUCUGCAGAAAAGAUUGUAGAUCUUGCUAAUUACAAUUCUACAGCACCUAGUUUUACCAUACCAACAAUUGUCAUAACAGCUUCUACAGUUGUGAUCAAACUGGUAUUGUACCUGUUAUGUCGUCGUGUCCAGAAGCCAAGUGUCCAAGCUUUGGCCCAAGACCAUCGGAACGAUGUUCUGUCCAAUUCUGUGGCACUAGUCUGUGGCUAUCUAGGGUCCAAGGAAAUGCAGAAUAACGUGCCAGGUGCGUACGGCCUGGUUUAUAUAGACCCCUGUGGAGCCAUAGUCAUCUCUAUCUACAUCAUCAUCAGCUGGUGGAUCACUGGCUGGGAUCAAACUAAGAUGUUGACUGGUCACACUGCCAAGCCAGACUUUCUGAAAAAGAUCACAUGGAUAUGUAUCAAUCAUGAUUCCAGAAUCCGUUUUGUGGAAACAGUGCGGGCAUUCCACUUCGGAAACAAUUUUCUAGUAGAGGUAGACGUUGUUCUCCCCCAAGAUAUGACACUAGCGGAAGCUCACGACAUUGGGGAACCACUUCAACAGAAACUGGAGCGAUUACCAGAAGUAGAACGAGCUUUCGUUCAUCUAGACUACAAUUUCGACCAUGACCCAAGAGAUGAACAUAAACUUGUGUGAUAUUUGUUACAAAAACAAUUUGCAGACAAGUUCUUGGUUGGAGAGAUGUCAUUACUUGUAAGAAGCCCCUGAGAGUCUGUGUCUUUUUGAUGGAAGGAUGCCCGUCCUUCACAGAACUACUUCCACAGCUUGUUGGUAACACGUUGUACAGCAGGGUUGACAGGAGUAAUCAAGAUAAAGUGCCUUGUUCAAAGACAUUUUGAUAGCAACUACUGCUGUAGGUGUAGUUCAGGGUUAUGCUUUUGUAAUCAGUAAAAGAACAUGGUCUUUUACUCAUUCACCCCUGAAGACACAUUUGAACCAUUCCAGUUCAAAGGUUGGAAUAGUGCCUUAUGAAAGUUAAAUAGUUGUAAAUUAUAUUCUAUUUUUAUCUCAGCCCUUGAUAAACUUAUCACAAGUCACAGUGUAUGUAUUUGAAAUAAAGAAAUAUAUAAAAUACAGUAAGAUGUCUUCAAGUUACCAUAGAUUUUAAAGAAAGAUAAAGAAAAUCCUAACAGUCAAUUGAUUUUGGCCAAAGUUAUUUUCAAUCGAAAAAAAAAUGCAAAACAAUGUAACACCGUUCAAUAAAUACUGAAGUGAAUUUCAUAGAGCAUGCAGAUCUGCCCUGUUACCUUUUUAUAGGCAAUCAAAGGUUCCGGCUCCUUAUAGGCCAGACUUUAAUGAAGUUUUCAGUCUUGUAUAACUGAUGAAUCUUAAGACCAAACAAAAAUGGAAUCUUAAAUGAUUAAUGUUUUAAUGAAUGAGUGGAAGGUAAUAGCAAAUCUCUUAUGAUAAAUCAAUACUGUAUUUCCAAUGUCAAUACCAUAGCGAAUAAUCCUAUAAAUAUCAAUAAACAGUAAGGGGAGACAACUCUUCCUGUCUAGAAUGCUAUUCUGAUUAUGGUCCAUCUAUAGGAUGUUUCUGUAUCUAACCAGUUUAUUGACACAACAUUUGCGUCUUACUUUCUGUUUACAAACCAAAGAAUUAUGGUGUGUAGUACUAUAAAUAUGAAAUCCCCUGAUGAUUUAAAAAAAAUAGAGGUGUCUUUUAUCAAUUUAUUUUUUAUUUUUAAAGAUGUAUAUAUAUUGUUAAA